UCAUGUAUCUUUCGAUGUCCCCAACAUGGAUAUAGAUGGACUCUUCCAUCUAUAUCCAACUUUAGACGACUUGUUCCAUCUAUAUCCAACUUUUCCUUAACCGUAAUUAAUAAGCAAUUGCAACCAUCUACCAUUUUCCAAUCCCCUCUCACUCAGAUCUCCUUCAUUAGUAGUGCACAAAAACUAUGGAUCACACUAAUUAUUGGUUCUUGACAAGAAGGAAGUUGAGCAAAAGGCCUCUCCUCGGCCCCUAUAAUGAAUCAUGGGAAGAGCAAGCCUUCGCCGAAGACUCUGCGGGCCUCUUGGGUGGUUGCAUAUGGCCUCCGAGAUCGUAUACAUGUAGCUUCUGCGGAAGAGAAUUCAGAUCGGCGCAAGCUCUUGGAGGUCACAUGAAUGUGCACCGAAGAGAUCGGGCGCGACUCAAACAGUCUUCAAGCCCCACCCAUGAAAAUCAAUAUGAGAGUCUUCACAAUCAUCAAAUCAGUCCGUUCGCACCGUAUGCUCCUCAGGUUGGCUCCCUCGUAUACAAUUCUAGCCCUAACCCUAACCCUAACCCUAAUUCUGCGUGUGGCAUGGUUGCAUCUCCUCUCUCUCCUACCGAAGCUUCGGCUGUGUUUGCCAAAAGAAUUUGGAGGGAGCACAUGAUCUUGAUGUCUCCCUCUGAUUCUCCAUCAGUGAUCCAAGACAAACAGAAAGGUUCUGUUUACUCUACUAUUCAAUCUAACGAAAAUCCAAGAGCGAGGCAAUUACUUAAUGUCACAGAAUUAAGUGCUGGGAAAGAGAAUUCAAAGUUAAGAGUAAGGGGAUCUUGGAUGCAAAGAGAUUUGGGUGAGGAGGAAGAUGAUGAGUUCAUCCCUAGCAAGCGACGGAGAACUGAUCCGGUACCUCCUCUUUUUGCAAGGUCUUCUUCAGGCGAGCGACGAAAAAUAUUCCAACCUGAGGUACUCAAACUUUGUCCUAGCCCUGUUGAAGAAUUAGAUCUCGAGCUCAGGCUCGGAGAUCCUCCUAAAGUUACGUAGAAUACCGGAUCUCUUGUGCCUGAGGAAUAUAUGACUUGCUUGUUGUUCAUCUGUAUGCUUCCUAGCUACUUAAAUUAGUAUUUGCUUUGAUUUUCCUUUUUUUUUCUCCCACUCGAAGGCCGUGUUCAUCACCGAAUUGAUUGCCUAAUUCAAGUCUAUUUCUCUUACAUCACAUAUUGUAAUUGUGAGAUAGUCAGUGUGCAAUAUAUAGAAUUAAAUGAAUUCCAAUUUUAAUUAA